UGUGUUUUUUUUUUUUUUUUUUAUGGGAUAAUAUUUUUUUAUCUAAACUUUAAAUUUUUGAAAAAUUAAAAAUUGUCUGUACAAUACAGAAAUUCCAUGGGUUUUUAAAGCCAUAAUUAAAAAAAAAAUUUGCAGCUCUAUCUUUGUGAGAAAAAUUAAAGUAUUGCAGCAAUUUUCAAGUUGAAAAUUGAGAGUGCUUUUCAAUUUAUACAACCAUUUCAUUUCCAAAAGUCUCCACUUCUCAAGUUCAACUUCAAUUGCAGUGCAGUAGACAAGACAGAGUGAGGGGUGGGGUAUAUGGAAUUUUAACACACCAAUCAGAAAAAAGGACAACAAUGUCGGGAUCUGAGGCGGGAGUGAUGACGAGUAGAGAGCCCUACAGCUUGGGCAUGCAACGGAAGAGUCCGGUAGCGUCACGGCCAAUGAUACAGAACAUUCGUUUGGCCUUUAGUGCCGACGGAACAGCUGUGUACAAGCCCAUCACUUCCUCCUCACCCACAUAUCAGCGGACCUCCUGUGGUGGUGGGGCAGAGGGGUUUGCAGGUGGGCCCACGGUGACUCAAGGGCAAGGGCAUGCUGUGAACAUGAGCACGGGGAACAAGCCUUUGAAGAGGAAGAGAGGGAGGCCCAGGAACUAUGGACCGGAUGGGACCAUGCCGCUGGCUCUUAUACCAGCUCCUUCCUCUGCCAGCGUAGCCCAAUCUAAUACUAAUAGUGGAGGAGGAGGAGGAGGAUUCCCUUCAUCUCCUCCUCCGCCUUCAGGAGGAUCAGCCUUUUCACCAACUUCAGCAAAGAAAGCUAUGGGGAGACCUCCUGGUUCCGAGAAGAAGCAUCAACUUGAAGCUCUGGGAUCACCAGGAGUUGGGUUUACACCCCACGUUAUCACUGUUAAAGUGGGAGAGCACUUUCCCAGAACUGUUUGCAUCCUCUCAGCAAAUGGAGCCAUAUCAAACGUCACUCUUUGCCAACCAGCAGCAUCCGGUGGGACUGUAACUUAUGAGGGGCGAUUUGAAAUUCUGUCACUUUCUGGUUCAUUUCUUCUGUCAGAAAAUGGUGGUCAGCGGAGCCGAACUGGAGGGUUAAGUGUGUCAUUUUCUGACCCAGAUGGUUGUGUUUUAGGUGGUGGUGUAGCUGGCCUUCUAAUGGCGGCAUCCCCUGUUCAGUUUCAAUCUUUUCAGAAUCUUGCAGUGUACAAGGAGGAAUCAGAAGCACCACUAUUGGGAAGUAAAAGUUUAUCUGAAUUUAACAUUAGCGAAAAAUGAUCGCAGAAUUUCUACCACUUUAAGAAAAUGAUAAAUAUUU